AUGAAGACAGAGGAGCUUACGCCAUCCGUCUCUAGAGAGAGUGAGAGAUACUGGAGUCGACUCGAGUGCAGACAAGACGGAGGAGAAGUUAAACGUUUCUAUGUGUAUGAGAAGGUUCUGGCGAUAGAGAGGCAUCAGGACAAGAUGAGAAAUAAAGGCCUCUUUACAUCAGAUACCAAACAAAUUUCACUAACUGGGAGCAGAUGGCUGUUAAAAGAGGAACUGGAGGAGCUUCUGGUGGAGAAUAUUUCAGAUCAAGAUUACCUGCGGUUCAUCCAGCCGAUGGAGAGGCUGUUGUCCAUGCCCUACUGCUCUCUGGAAGAUGAGUUGGUACAGAAGUUCCACAGACAGAAGUAGGUUCAGUCCAGCAAACAGGAGAUUCCUCAGCUGCAGCAUGACCCACAAGGAGUCAUUUUCAGUGUGUCCAAAGGCAGAAGGAAGUCUGCCAAAGCCAGUAUCACCCUCAGAGACAGCAGCUAUGGGAACAUCACAAUCAAUGGCAAGAACUACCUCCAGUACUUUCCUGUACUACAAGACAGAGAGCAGCUGAUGUUUCCUCUGCACUUUGUGGGCAUGCUGGGCAGGUUUGACAUUGAGGGCAGCGUGGAGGGGAGUGGUCACUCUGCUCAGGCCGGGGCUCUGAGAUUGGCCAUCUCAUGGGCACUGCUCAGCUUUGUGUCUGAGGGAGAAGUGGUAAAGUUGAGGGUGAUGCAAAUUGUAUAUCUUUGUUCAUCUGGCCUGCUGACUGCUGACCUCAGGAUCAAGGAGAGGAAAACAUCAGGCCAGGAGGGAGCGUGUAAGAAGUUCACUUGGAAAAAACGUUGA